CCUCAGCUCAGUCAGGCCGUCAUGGCGGCGGCAGCGGGCGGCGGGUCCGGGCCCGGGCCGGCCGCCGCGGCGAAGCCCAAGACCUCCCCCAAGUCCGUCAAGUUCCUCUUCGGGGGCCUGGCCGGCAUGGCGGCCACCGUGUUUGUGCAGCCGCUGGACCUGGUGAAGAACCGCAUGCAACUGAGCGGGGAGGGAGCCAAGACGAAGGAGUACAAGACCAGCUUCCACGCCGUGGGCAGCAUUCUCAAGAAGGAGGGCGUCCGAGGCAUCUACACGGGGCUGUCCGCCGGCCUCCUGCGCCAGGCCACCUACACCACCACCCGCCUGGGCAUCUACACCAUCCUCUUUGAGAAGCUCACGGGGGCCGACGGGACGCCCCCCAACUUCCUCAUGAAAGCAGCGAUUGGGAUGACGGCCGGUGCCGUGGGGGCCUUUGUCGGCACCCCGGCGGAGGUGGCGCUCAUCCGGAUGACGGCCGACGGCAGGUUGCCUCCGGACCAGAGGAGGGGCUACACAAAUGUGUUCAAUGCGCUUCUGCGGAUCACCCGUGAGGAGGGAGUGCCCACCCUCUGGCGAGGCUGCGUCCCCACCAUGGCCCGAGCGGUGGUUGUCAACGCCGCCCAGCUGGCCUCUUACUCCCAGUCCAAGCAGCUCCUCCUAGACUCAGGAUACUUCCGGGACAACAUCUUGUGCCACUUCUGUGCCAGCAUGAUCAGUGGGUUGGUGACGACGGCGGCUUCCAUGCCUGUGGACAUUGCCAAGACCAGGAUCCAGAACAUGCGCAUGAUUGAUGGGAAGCCGGAGUACCGGAACGGGCUGGACGUGCUGCUGAAGGUGGUCCGCUACGAGGGCUUCUUCAGCCUGUGGAAGGGCUUCACGCCCUACUACGCCCGCCUGGGGCCCCACACCGUCCUCACUUUCAUCUUCCUGGAGCAGAUGAACAAGUUCUACCGGAAGUUCUUUCUCAGUGCCUGAGAGGGGAGGGGGGUCCCCAGUGCCUCUCUCGAGUGGCCCGUUACGGGCCAAGGGCAGGGGAAGGGCUCCUCCCUCCCUCCCUCCCUCCCUCCCUUCCUUUGGGGGGUGGGUGUCUGUGAGCACGUGCCCAGGGCGGCCUCCUGCCCCUCCCACGUGGAGCCAAUCAUGAGGGAGGUGUGACCCUCCCGGUGCGUUGGGGGCUGAGGGCAGGUGGGGGCGACACACACUGUAUUUAUUGCCGGGAGGGGGGAGUUCUGGGCCGGGGCCCCCGCUGUGAAGCGCCCUUUCUCCAAACCGAACUGCCACCUCUCUGUAGCCCCGCUGGGCAGCAAUGGCCCGUCUCCCGCUUUGCUUUCAACUUAGUAAAACCAAUCAUGGUCUUAAGCUCUU